CAGGCGCGGUGAGCGAUGCGGGCCGCGGGCGGCGCUCCGGGGCCGGCGGAGGCCCCUCGGCGCACCCGCCGCCGGCACUCACCGCGCCGCGCCGCGCCCGCCGCCCGCUCCUCCUGCACCAGCGGCGCCAGCAGCUCCGCCACGCGCUCCUGCAGCUCGCGCAGCGCCCCCCGCAGCUCGCGCAGCUGGGCGGCCUCGCUCUCCUCCGUCGCUGGGUACGGCACCCGCACCGUCCGCGUCCGCCCGUCGCGGUCCCGCAGCUCCGCCACCAGAUCCCGGCGCUGGCGCGGGCCCGGCUCCGCCUCGGCCGCCAGCUCCGCCAUCACCGCCCGCCGCUCGCGGGCCCGCCCCGCCCGUCACACGCCGGCCAACCCCCCCGGCGGGGACACACCGCCCACGGUCACGUGGGGCGCGACCGAUUCCGCUUCCGCUGUGGCGCCCCCUGGCGCCUCCUCUGCCCCGCGUUUCCCGCCUCGCUUGGCGCUCCUCGGCCUCCGCGUCCUGGCGAUGGAGGCGGCGGCUUCGGAGGGCGCCGAGCCGGGGAGCGGCGGGAGCGGCGCGGAGGAACCCGUGGUGUCCCUGGCGGAGGUGCUGGCGGAGAACGAGGAGCUGGAGAAGGAAGCGCGGGCCGUGCUGGGGGGCAGCGACCACGAACGCUGCAGUUACUCUCAGGGCGCGGUGAAGCGGCAGGCGCUGUACGCCUGCAGCACCUGCACACCGCCCGGCGCCGAGCCCGCGGGGAUCUGCCUGGCCUGCAGCUACGAGUGCCACGGCACACACCGCCUCUUCGAGCUCUACACCAAGAGGAAUUUCCGCUGUGACUGUGGAAAUAGCAAGUUCAAAAAUCUGCAGUGCAAGUUAUUCCCGGAAAAGAGCAAGGUGAAUUCAGGAAAUAAAUAUAAUGACAACUUCUAUGGAUUGUACUGUACUUGUAAAAGACCUUACCCUGAUCCUGAAGAUGAGAUUCCAGAUGAGAUGAUCCAAUGCAUCGUUUGUGAAGACUGGUUCCAUGGCAGGCAUCUUGGUGCAGUACCCCCUGAAAGUGGAGACUUCCAUGAAAUGGUGUGCCAGGCCUGCAUGAAACAUUGCUGUUUCCUAUGGGCUUAUGCUUCGCAAUUAGCAGUUCCUCCUUUGACCAAAGCAAACUCCCUUGAAGAUGAAGGGGUUGUCCUGAAGGUAGAGGAAAGUGAAGAGCAGAAGAAAGAAAUAAAAAAAGAAAGUGGAGUGGAACACCAUGACACAAAGGAGGAAAAGCAAUCGGAGCAAUUCAAUGAACCAUCCACUAGCUCUAGGUCUGCCUGUCCUGAGGUAGUUGCUAAGAGCGAGGAGCGAGUCUGCAAGCUGAAAGAGCUCCAAAGCAAGCCAUUUGUAAAAAAAGAUACUGCCACCUUUUGGCCAUCGAACUGGAGGAGCAAAUUAUGCACUUGUGAAGACUGUUUGAAAAUGUAUUCAGAGCUUGAAGUCCAGUUCCUGACAGACGAAUGUGACACUGUCUUGGCUUAUGAAAAUAAGGGUACCAGUGACCAAGAGACAGAGAGGAGAGAUCCUUUAAUGGACACCCUUAACAGUAUGAACAGAGUCCAGCAAGUGGAACUCAUCUGUGAAUACAAUGAUUUCAAGACAGAACUGACUGACUAUCUCAGGAGGUUUGCAGAUGAGGGAACGGUGGUUAGAAGAGAAGACAUUCAGCACUUCUUUGAAGAAUUUCAGUCUCGGAAAAGGCGACGGACUAACAGGAUGCAGUACUACUGUAGUUAGACUGAGAGGGUUUGAGUCUGAAAGGACAAGUGGCAAAACAAUGUUCACUGGCAAACAAAAAAGGCAUCUUCAGUUUUUGGCUUCUCAUCAAAAUCCAGCUAUCCAAGAAACAUCAUCAUUUUGUCUUACACGUCCUUCAUUUGUAGCACCUAAAACAUGUUCUUAACAAAUCCUUACAUUGCAUUUAGAGGCAUUUCAGUACCGAUCGACUUGGCAUUCCCGGGAAAGCCGGCCUUGUCUCCAGGGGAGGAGGGGGGGUACCGCGGAGCAGCGUGUGCUGCCGCUCCCCUGGUUGCUGCCGGCGCCUGGAGCCGGGCUGUGCUGAACCCCGUCCGGGAACGCGCUCCCGGCUUUCCUGCCUGCAUGGCUCUGUCUCCUCCCCGGGGGCUGCAGCCGUUCUGGUGAGGGCCCCAGCACCAAGCACCUGCCUGUUCCUGCCCUGCCGCGGCUCCUCAGGGGCCGGGCCGAACCGGCGCUGCUGCCUGCCCGCUCCCGCUGGGGAAACGCUCCCCGGGCUGCUCACAAAUGGGAGAGCAGAGCUUAGGCUUGAUGCAACAGUGUUCUAUCUGGUUUUAUACAUUAAAAAACUUAUUUCUAGUAUUGCACAGGGAUGGUUUCCGUGGUAAAAAAAUUUCCAGAUUAUCUUAAUUCACUCAUUUGAACAUAAAUAAGAGCUAGGAGGAGGUACUAAAUUACAAACUAAGCAUGGGGGGUUUGUUAUAUGCUUUGAUUUUUAAAACUAGCCUUCAGCAAAUUCUUCUACUUUAUAAAUGUUGCUGAAAACACUGCAGCAUCAUGGUAUUUUGCUACAGUAUCCAAUGUUCUUUUUAUAACCACUGUGAUAAUCAUGGGACAGGAGAUGUUUCACUGACUUUUAAGACUACACUUAGCUGCCAUUAAAAAUUAAGAUUUUGUAAGUUUGGAGCCUAAUGUAGUUAGACCCCAAAACAUACAUUAAAAUUCUAGUUUUUGAGGAUUUCUAUAUCAUGGGGUACUAUUCUGCUUCCGUGAUAAUGGUUUUUGAAAAGCAUAGGUAGACUUUUAUCCUUCUCACUAUUAUCUGUUUCUGACCAUUUUAUUUACAAACAGUAGUUUAGCAUAGAUGCUCAGCUGAGCAGUUUCAUAGAACAUAGACUAUGUUGAGUUGGAAGGGACCCAUCAGGAUCAUCACAUCUAACUCCCUGCCUUGCAUAGAACAGCCCCAGGAGUCACACCAUGUGCCUAAGAGCGCUGUCCAAACUCUUCUUGAACUCUGUCAGGCUGGUGCUGUGACCGCUGCCCUGGGGAGCCUGUUCUGUGCCCAACCACCCUCCGGGUGAAAAACCUUUCUCUGACACCCAACCUAAACUGCCCCGACACAACUUCAGGCCAUUCCCUCAGUCCUGUCACUGGGCACCACAUGGAGGAGAUCAGUGUCUGCCCCUCCUCUUCCCCUCACAAGGAACUUGUACCUGCAGUGGGGUCUCCCCUCAGUCUCCCCCAGGCUGACCAGACCAAGUGACCUCAGCCGCUCCUCACACGGCCUCCCCUCAGGGCCCUUCGAGGUCCUCCUGGCCCUCCUCUGGACACUCUCUAACAGCUUUGUAAUUAUUUCAUGUCCCGGUGCCCAGAACUGUCCCCAGCACUGGAGGUGAGGCUGCCUGAGCGCAGAGCAGAGCAGAAAAUCCCCUCCCUUGCCUGGCUGAUUGCUGAUGCACCAGCAGGACAUGGGUGGCCCUCCUGGCUGCCAGGGCACUGCUGGCGCAUACUCAAUGUGUCAUCGACCCCCAGGGCCCUUUCCUAUUUGCUUUUAAAUUUAACUCUGGAUAUUGUACAUGCUCUUUUUUUGGUAGCAACUGUUACAGGAGCUGUAACUGCACAUCUAACUACAAUAUAAAAAGAUUAAAAGAA